CAGUGACAGAAGUGAAAUUUGCGUACGGCGUCAAACGAAACAACAGCUAACCUAUAAAUUUUAUGAAAUUGUUUGUGUUUGGUGUUUGAACAUUUUUAUGAAGAAGACGAAAGCUUUGUAAACCUUCAUCCAGUGGAACUGUUGUUCAUAUUCCAUUAAAAAUGGCUCCGUUAUCCAAGAACACUUUGGAAGACACGGACUCGGGGUCUGAUUCAGACAGUGCCUCCAGCGCCCGCAGCGGCAGCAAGAGCCCGUCGCCUGCCCCCGGUAAAGAAGGAAGCCGCUCCAGGUCUCCAUCUGGGAGCCCCGCAAGAUCUGCCAGUGGAUCUCCAAAAUCCAACCAUUCAGGACGCUCCAAGAAGUCCUCAAAUGCAUCCAAUGCCUCCCGCAGCAAGUCCAAUUCACCAGCUGGGUCAAACAGAUCCCGCUCCGGUUCAGCACAUAGUAACAAAUCAGACUCAUCUGCUAAAUCUCAUGCUUCUGGGAGCCCUAAGGAAAGAACAUCAAAGUCUAGAUCAAGGAGUGGAUCCCGGUCUGGAUCAGCUGCCAGUGCCAAGUCCCGGUCCAAAUCAAAAUCAGCCAGCCCAAAAUCAGCAGCACACAGCCCUAAAUCUCGUUCACAGAGCCCAAAAUCUAGGUCACAAAGCCCUAAGUCCAGGUCGCAGACUCCUAAAGCAGCAUCCAAAAGUAGAUCUCGCUCAAAGUCAGGCAGUGCAAGUCCAAAAAGCAGAAAGUCUAGGUCAAAGUCAGCCAGUGGGAGCCCUAAGAGCAGGAAGUCUAGAUCUAGAUCUGGCAGUGCAUCUUCAAGAUCUAAAAGUCCAGUGGCCAGGCCAGAUGUGCAGGACAGUAGGUCCAAUUCACCAAACCUGAUGAUUGAUGAUGAACAAGCCAAUGAAAAGGCUAAGAGCAGAUCCAGAUCUGGUUCCAGAAAGUCUAGGUCGAAGUCUAAAUCUAAGAGCCGCUCACGAUCAAGAUCAAAAAGCUCUGAAACAGAAGCUAAAGGAGACAAGAAGAAGCGAGCAGUGCUAUCAGACUCUGAGAGCGACGCGGAGGCCACCGGAGCCUCCAAGCGGAAGAAGGGCUCCGAGAGUGGGUCUGACGCGGACAAGCCUCGCAAGAAGGCCAUGAAGAUUGUGGAUACUGAUGAUGAGGAUGGGGAGAAACCUGAUGACACUGUGACAGCGGACGCUCUGUUCGGCGACGCGUCAGACAUCAGCACAGAGGACGAGGGCGGGUCCGACAAGGCGUCCCCGCGGCGGUCGCGCUCGCGGUCUCGCUCUCGCUCUCGCAGCGGGCAGCGGUCAGACGAGGAUAGAAGAUCUGGUGAUGAGGGGAGAGGCAGUGGGGAUGAGGCCAACAAACAGAAGCCCGAGGAAGAAGAAGAAGUAGAAAUACCGGAGACCCGCAUCGACGUGGACAUGCCCAAGAUCUGGACGGAGCUGGGCAAGGAGCUACACUUCGUCAAGUUGCCCAACUUCCUGUCGGUGGAGACCCGGCCUUAUGAUGCGAAUACUUAUGAGGAUGAGAUCGAUGAGGAGGAGACGCUGGAUGAGGAGGGAAGGGCCAGACUGAAGCUGAAGGUGGAGAAUACGAUACGAUGGCGUACGGCUUUUGAAAAAGAUGGCACCGCUAUCAAGGAGUCGAACGCGCGCAUGGUGAAGUGGUCGGACGGCAGCAUGUCGCUGCACCUCGGCGCUGAGAUAUUCGACGUCUACAAGCAACCGCUACACGGCGACCACAACCAUCUCUUCGUCCGCCAAGGCACGGGUCUCCAAGGCCAGGCGGUCUUCAGAACCAAGCUCUCCUUCCGACCGCACUCGACCGAGUCCUUCACUCACCGCAAGAUGACCCUGUCGCUAGCCGACCGGUCCACCAAGACGUCGGCUAUUAAGAUACUGUCGCAAGUGGGCGCUGACCCUGAUGCGGAUAGGAAGUAUCAACUUAAGAAAGAGGAGAUGGAGCUCCGCAUGGCGAUGCGGUCCCGCGGCACUGCGCGCGUGAAGCGUGCGAGGGGCGCGGGGCGCGGGGCGGCGCGGGACGACAGCGAUGAUGAGGGAGGCGUGUCGCUGCAGGCUAUUAAGAACAAAUACAAGCAUGGACAGAAAGCCACAGCGGGCGCGGCGAUCUACUCAUCCGAAUCGGACGCAUCGGACGUGGAGACGGGCCGCUCGCGCAAGCUGGACCGCGCGAAGGCUCUCAAGGACUCCGACGAUGAGGGCAGCGACGCCGCGCCGGCCGGCGACACGCACAGCCAGAGUGGUAGUGGCAGUGGGAGUGGCAGUGAACAGGACUAGAUUACGAGUGGUUAGUUGUUGUUGUUUUGUAGAUAGAUGUUAGGCCGCAUCCACGAUGCCAGCGGGCGGAGAUGGGGCAUUCACUAGCACUAGUAGGUAUUA